AUGUUUGAAGUGAAAACAGAUCGACAGGGAAGGCAUAUACCCAAAUCUGAUGAGACAGAGAAGCCGUUCCGACAUCAGCGUGAAUGUGCAUCGCAAGUUGGAGUAGGUGUAUUAGCCCAUCAACAGUUUCAAAGCAGAUCUUCGACUGACCUACUACACAAACUUGGUGUGUCUGUUGACUAUACACGCAUAUUACGCAUUGAGACUCAGCUCGCUGAAGCCAGACAUUCAGCUGAUCGUGGCAUCUAUGUUCCCCCAGCGUUAGCAAGAGGCCAAUUCAUCUAUUUUGCUGUUGACAACUCCGAUUUUUCUGAGGACACUCCCGAGGGUAAAAACACUCUGCAUGCUACAGCUAUGGCCGUCUUCCAAAGGAAAACAGACUACUCGCCUGAAAUUACUUUAGAUCUUAGCAAGAACGCUAAAUCCAAAUCUCUACCAUCGAGCUCCAUACUUGCGACCGAACUUUUACCAUGCUAUGUUCCCGCUAACACUCAGCCAAGGUGCCCAAGGUAUUGCCGAUUAGAAACAAGCUCAACUCCAGACAUCACAAAUGGUGCAGUACAAGAUGAUUUGGUAUGGUCAGUGGCGCAAUCACUUGCACGAUCACGCUCUGAAAAUCCGAUGAUCCCAACGUGGCCGGCGUAUAAUUCUAAAAUCAGUUCAUCAACGCUACCGCUCACCACCGUUGCCAUGAUGCCUCUAUUAGCGGCACCCGCACACGGGUGGAGUACCAUCAUGACAGUGCUUAAGCAAGCUCAGAAUAUUACAACUGUGGUAUUGCGUGAAAGUCACAAGGCAGUGAUAACCUUUGAUCUUCAGCUUUAUGAGAAGGCCGUCAGGCUGCAACUACUUACCGCACCAGCGCUAGAUCACUUUGUUCUCCGGCUAGGCGAACUGCACACAGUAAUGGCAGCCUUACGUGUUCUUGGAACAUCCAUUGAGGACAGUGGUUUCGAUGAUGCUUGGGUAGAAGCUGAGAUAUAUGGGUCACUACGAAACACCAAAUUCUUGAUUGCAAUCACAUGA